AUGCUGUUUGUGGCUACCGGCGUCGACUGGGAUCCGCUGCUGCCGGCGAGGUCGGUGAUGGACCCGAGCGCCGUGGGCGAGGUCGCCGCUGCAGCUUGGGAUGCCAUCCCGAUGGCUCACGUUGCCUACGACAAGGUCCGGCUGCUCAUUCUCCGUGUCGGUCCCGGCGAAGAACAAGAAGAGAGAGUCGUACACGAUUACGGCGACGUGCCGGGCCUCUCGCCGCUGCUGGCGCUGCUCGACAUCAACGUCGGCGGCUGGGGCUCGUCGUUGAUGAGUGCCGCCCACACCGCGGUCGGCGCCACUGCGGUUGCGGUCGGCGCCUGGCUCCGUGUUCUUGGCCUUGUGGCGCUCCCGCUGGUUCUGGGCUACGUGUACGUGGCGGCACACGGGUAUGUACUUGCGCGGGUGGCAUGGGAGAGCUACAGCGAGUCGAUGGCCCACGCCUGGUGGUGGCUCUGGCACCAGGUGGCGUCGCAGCCGCCAGCCGCCAUCGCGCUCGAGGUCGGCGUCGCUGUUGUCGCUGCCCUCCUCUGGGGUCUGGCGCGGUUCGUCCGUCGGACGCGAAUCAUCCCGCGCACCGUCCGGUAUGUCAACAGCAAGGCCGCGACGGUGGCCCGCGGAUGGCAGGCGGUGACCGCUGUGGUCGCCGCGCGAUCGCGCACUCUUGCUGACUCGCUCCCGCAUGUUGUAUUCUGGGGCGGCGUAGCCGGCGGCGCGGUCUUUGCGCCCUCGGUUGCCUUUGGUCUCACCUCGUCGACGCUUGUUCGCUUUGUCACGCUCGCUCUCGUACCGGUCGGCCUCGCUGCCCGGCACCUUGUGCAAGUGCUCCACGCCGAGCGCGGGGCCGACCAGCAGCGCGGCGCGCCUGCUCGUAGCAGCGUGCUCGAAUCGUGCAGCUGGCUUGAGUUCUGGGCAGUGUACGGUGGGGUGACUCUCGCGCUCGCCGUUCCGUUUGUCGAGUCGAUGAUUGUCGCCGCCAUCGGCUACGAGCUCCUGCACUUGCUCCACGUCGCUGUUGUGCUGUGGGCACUGCUGCCGUGGACCAACGGGUCGGAGCUUGGGGCGCGGGCGCUGGUCCCGGUCCUUGCGGCGGUGACUCCCUUUGGGGCAGCUGCGAGCGCGCCGCUGCGGCGGCGGGCAAACAGCGGUGGCAUGCUCGGCAAGCUCCGCGGACUGUGGGAGUCGCUCUCGGUGGCAACCGCGCUCAACGCGCUCACGUUUAUGGGAGUGAUGACGGCCGAGCGGGCGCGGAUGACGGCCGAGCUCCUGGCGCAGGCCUCGUCGCUCCUGCUCAUCACGCCGAUAUUUCUCUUCACGCCGGGCUUUAUUACCUACUACGGCACGGUGCUGGUCGGGUACGCGGUUCCGCUGUAUGCCACGCUCUCUGCUCUGGGGUUCUCCGGCGGCAACCGUGGUCGGGGCGGCUCGCCGGAGCGGCGGCGGCGGGCGGCGCCGCUGGCGACGACCCAGCGGUUCUGGGUCCUCUACUGGACGGUCUUUGUCGGCCUCGACUUUGUGCACCACGGCGUCUCGGCGUGGGGCGGCUCGUACAUUCCGCUCUGGUACCAUGUCAAGCUCGUGGCGCUGGUCUGGCUUCAGCUCGCCGGCGCAUCAUACGUCUUUACCACGGGCUACUCACGGCUACGCGAGCCGGUCCGCACGCUGUACGACAACCUGGUCGAGGCGACGCCGCUGCGGAACCCGCGCGCGGUUCUUGCGACCCCAUCGACGUACAUGAUGCGACGGGUGUUUGGGACGCCCGAGCCGGCGCCCGUGGCGCGGCGCGACGAGGACAGUGCCUCUGCCGCCGGCGACGCCGAUGGUGCAAACGACGCCGAUGGUGCGAGCGACGCCGGUGGUGCGAGCGACGCUGAUGGUGCCAGUGGCGAAGAUGAGCAAUCUGCGUCCGAGUGAUAAAGCAUCAUUUAGCG